AUGGAUCUGCCAAUUGGUUUUGUUGGAGUCAAAACAACCACCAAUCCUCCACAAAUCGGCUUUGGCAAAGAAAGCGUGACAACCACAAUAGAUGUCUCUGCCGAUGUCAGUUUUGUUCCACUGCCAGAGCCGUCGAACCUUGCGCCACUCGAUAUCGUUAUUCUCCUCGAUAGCUUGCCUGCGGCACCUGGCAACUCCCUGACACAGUUCAUCCUAGGAUCAACAAUUCUGGCUUCGCAUACAAUUCAAGGCCAGGAUCGCAUUUCGAUUGGCUAUGUGAAUGAAGCUUUCACGAAUCACUUCCAGCUAUUGCUUCCGUUGGGAUUUCACUCCGUGGACAACAUUCAGGCCGCCCUCAACAUAUUUUCCCAUCGCUCACGGGCUGGCAACCCGAAAAAGCGUAACCUCGAACUCGCCAUUCGUGAAUCUUCCAGGAUUUUCAGCGCUUCGCCAAGAGUUGCUUACUGCAACCUAUUUUUCCUUUCUUCGGUUUCGCCCGCAAACUACCAAGUACCUUGGAUCGAUAAAGCCAUUGGAUUCCACACAAUCACGCCUGAGAGUUAUUUCCCUUUGAUUCACAUGAAUCGCCAACCUGGGUGGCAUAUAUUUUAUGAUCCUGAAGAAAUUGGCAGCAAAAGGAUUCAUUUUGCCCAGAGGGUUGCCAAGGCCAUUCGACACAUUCGCCUUGGUAUACGUCCCGGGUCCCUUAAUCAGAUCAAAAUUGUUUUGACACCAGGGCCGGGGUGCCAAAUAGAGCCGAUCGCUAAAUUCUAUCAAAUCACAUCACUUCGCCCCGGAGAAGUAUGGAGUGUCCCAAUAAACAUCAUCAUUCCGAUCGCAUUUCAAGAAACCGAUAGAGAGGAACUCCAAAAACUACCCCAAGUCGCCAUGGAGACAAUUGCUGGGAUCAACAAAUUCUUGAUGGGCUGGGUCAGAGAUCUACCCGAACAAAUCCUCACUGUUCAAGUCGAAUAUCAACAUUCACUUCUUCCAACAAAUUGCAUUGUCAACCAGGAAACUUUCGUGACCAGUCUACGCAGUCGACAUGCCAGUGGUUUCAAAACAUCCUUGGAGAAACCCGGCACUACCUUUGUACAGCCCGGCGAAAAGUUUACAUUCAGCUUGGCAUAG